AUGUCGGAGGCACCAUUCAGACAUAGGGAAAAGCUUAUCGAGUAUCAGAAAUAUUUUCAAGGUAUCCACAAACACACUUACUUGAAAGGUCCUUACGAUAAGAUCACAUCUGUCGCCAUUCCCACCGCUCUUGCUGCAAGUUCCUUGUUUUUAAUCAUGAAGAUCUAUAACAUGUCUCAUGGGAUUGGAAAAAAGGAAUGA